AUGUCGCGAUGGUCGGGUCAGCCCUCGAUCAAGGGUAGCUCGGAUGCGCUGCGCAUGAUACUACUAAACUUCAGCACCCUGGAUUGCACCCCGUAUCUGCUGUCGCUUGGCUUGACCAAGAGCAAGACGUCUCUCGUGUGGAUCGCGGGACCUCUAUCAGGGCUUCUUGUUCAACCCAUUGUCGGCGCUACAGCAGAUGGAUCAACAUCGAGAUGGGGACGACGACCUUUUAUAGUGGUUGGAGCCGUAAUGGUAGCCAUAUGUCUCUUGAUCCUUGGGUUCACUAGGGAGAUCGUGGGACUUUUUAUUCCGGACGAGACGGCCGCCAAGACACCGACAAUAGUCGUUGCUAUCAUAUCGAUCUACGCCGUAGAUUUUUCCAUCAAUGCCGUCAUGUCCGCCGCGCGAAGUCUGGUAGUCGACACUCUGCCAAUUUCUCGACAGCAAGAUGGGGCGGCUUGGGGCGGUCGGAUGUCGGCUAUCGGCAUAUUCGGGAAUUUCCUAGGCCACUCGCAGUUCAAGAGACUCACCUUCAUAGCCGCCUUGGGCAUAUUGUGCUCUUGUUUUGUCACGUCAUGGGCCGUGACAGAGAGAGUCCUGGUGGCUGUAAAACAUGACCCACGGAAUAAAGGGGGCAGAUUCAAGGUUGUUGUCCAGAUCUGGUCCACUUUACUCCACCUUCCGCCGAGGAUCAGAGCCAUAUGCCAUGUGCAGUUUUGGUCCUGGGUAGGAUGGUUUCCUUUCCUCUUCUAUAACACUACCUGGGUUGGCGAGACCUACUUUCGCUAUGAUGUGCCUGAAGACGCGAGGGGCUCUGAGGAUGUUUUGGGUCAAAUGGGUCGUAUAGGGAGCACCGCGCUUGUCAUCUACUCUAUCAUCACCCUCAUUGGCGCAUGGACACUGCCCCUGUUGGUCAAGUCACCUGAAGCCGACAAUUUCACCCCCCGACCACCACAGAGUAUCGCUCCGAUUAUCGAGAAGAUCAACAAGUACAAGCCCGAUCUGCUGACAACCUGGAUGGUUGCACAUGGCAUGUUCGCUUGUGCUAUGUUCGUGGCACCUUUCGCGCACAGCUUCAAAUUUGCGACUGCGUUGAUCUGCAUAUGCGGAUUGCCAUGGACGAUCGCAAUGUGGGCUCCUCCAACGUUUCUCGGCAUCGAAGUGAACAAGCUUAGCGGCGCGACCCAGUCCAAUCCCUCAUAUCGACGGUUGUCUAAUGAGUCGGUAGAGAUUGAAGACGAGUUCGACGGGGGGCUUUCGGGUAUCUACUUCGGCAUCCUCAACAUCUACACUACCCUACCUCAGUUUGUAGGCACUUUCAUAAGCACUGUCGUAUUUGCCAUUCUUGAACCGGGUAUGAGUGCCGAGUUGGCGCACGAGGCUCGUCCGGAUGAGCAUCAUAGCGCCGACGGUCCAAACGCCAUUGCGGUCUGUUUGUUCAUCGGUGCCAUGAGUGCUACCGUUGGGAUAUUCGCUACGUGGAAGCUGAGGUAUUUGUAA